AUGGAGGAGUACGCUCGCGAGCCUUGCCCUUGGCGCAUUGUGGAUGAUUGCGGAGGAGCCUUCACAAUGGGUGUUAUUGGUGGUGGAGUCUUCCAAGCUAUCAAAGGCUUCCGUAGUGCCCCAGUUGGGAUUCGACACCGGUUGAGAAGUAGUGUCAGUGCUGUGAGGAUUCGAGUCCCCCAUAUUGGAGGCAACUUUGCAGUGUGGGGUGGUCUGUUCUCUACGAUUGAUUGUGGCUUGGUACGGCUUCGGGGUAAGGAGGAUCCCUGGAACUCCAUCACCAGUGGAGCAUUGACUGGUGCUGUGCUGGCAGCCCGAAGUGGCCCGCUAGCCAUGGUGGGCUCAGCAAUGAUGGGGAGCAUCCUGUUGGCCCUCAUUGAAGGUGUUGGCAUCCUCCUCACUCGCUAUACAGCCCAGCAGUUCCGCAAUGUGCCCCCGUUCCUGGAGGACUCCAGCCAACUGCCCCCUAAGGAGGGUGCCCCAGCCCCAGGCUAUUCCAGCUACCAGCAAUACCACUGAGGAAGUGAUCACCUAAUGCCUCCAUGGGAGACCCUCUUCAGUUCCCUCCCUGAUGAUCUACCUCAAA